AUGAUCGCUUCAAGGAUGGCCUACCCGCCAGAUGGUGGCCUGAACGACCCCCAUCCUCGCGUAUCAUCCCCACCCCUGGCAUCCUCCCCUCCAACCAGGAUAAGGACCAGCGGCAUCUUUACAAGGCGACUCUCUCUCACCGCAGCCUCCGUCGCCAACGCAUCCUCCUCGCUCUUUGGGUCCUCUCCUCCUACUUCGAACACCUCGGGGUCGAUCUAUCAACAGAGCUCCUUCUUUCGGUCGUCGAGUACUGGUGUCCAUUCCAACAGUGCAGCAGCAGCAGCAGCCUCGUCAUCGUCUAUCAACGUCUCGUCCUCGGCUAACAACGUUCCUAAUACAAGUACACAGUCAUCGUCUUCAGGAUCGGGACAAGUAAUAGGAGGAGGUACAUCAGGACGCCAGCGCACACGCAGCACAAGUCACCCACCACCACCAAAGUACAAAUCCUACCGUACACCUCAACUGCGCAUAUCCCUACAGGACGUCAUUGGAAAUCUGGUCCUUUCAGCACCCGUCAUGGCACCCGGAGAGUCCAUCCGUGGCCAGAUUCAUUUGGAGCUGCCCAAGGCGACACCGGUGCACUCGAUUGAGGUUUAUCUGACAGGGACGGUCACUGCGUUGGAUGGGACUCGGCUGGGGUCUAUGAAGACAGUGACGAUUUUGGAAGAGUGCAAGACGGUUGCGACAGCGUCAAUUACGAAUACUAGGACAAAUACUACGAGACGACAUACAACUCCUUCGCCGUCGGCGACUGCGUCUGCCGCCACUGGAGGUGCUACUGCCACUGCGAGUCAAGAUUCGACGAUGACGACGACAACAGCGACAGCGACAGCAACAGCAGUGUCAGGAGGAAGAGGACGGCGCAGGAGCAUUGUGAACGCCAAUUCUGCGAUUGCGGACCGAUCCCGGUCACCGACGUUUCCUCCACCCAGCGGAAUGGCGGCUAUUGCAGCCACGGCCGCCGCUGCAACCAUCGCAGCUCAGAGUCAGGGCAACUCCCGUCGUUUAUCGACAGAACUGAUGUCUAGAACCCUCUCGAUGCCUUCAUCCUCCUACCCCUACGCGCAACACAAUAACGGGUCGACUCUUUCUUUAAACCGAUCCGCGUCCCCAACCCCUGCAGAUUUGCGUGGACGCAGGACCAGUUUCUCGGCCAAUGUCGAUGUCCCCGGCGGGUUCAGUAGUCUCCUGGGCCUGGGUCUGGGCUUGGGAGGUGGGCGAGCAGGGAUGAGUAUGGUCAACAUUAGCACCAUCAGCCAGCAGUUCCCGUUGGACGAUCCGUCAGAGCCUGAGGCGCCAUCGUAUGAUCCUCCCCAUUAUGAGGGGAUUUUUACAGAUGGUGCACGGUCGUCGACUGAGAGCGGAGGAGGUGAGGCAGGAGCAAACUCUACUUCUCCUGGAGAGAUUGUCUCGGCGCCGAUCGCCACUACUUCUUCUCCUCAGACUGAGGAACCGGCUUCGACACCUGUCUCGGCACCUCUGGCGACAACGACGACGACUGAUGAGGAUACGGCUUCUCCUGUCUCUGAACCUAUUUCUGCGCCUAUCCCAACUCCAAGCCCGUCCGACAGCACCGACGAUGCAGCAGCAACAACACCGCCUGCAGAACCGGUCGAACCUAAAGCCGUCCUAAUGCAACCUGGAAACUACGUCAUUCCCUUCUCGAUCCGGAUCCCUUCAAACUCAACCAUGUCCCUCCCAGGAUCCUUCACCGAUCCCGUCGGCAAUAUCUCCUACCAACUCAAGGCCGUCAUGAAACAGAUCCUCCCUUCCCCAGACCCUUACGACCCCCGGGCCCUCGUCGUCGAACCGACCUUCACAUCUUCGACCCAGAUCAUCAAGUUGAUCCCCAUGAACGAUCCGACGUACAUGCCUUUGUACACGAUGCCGUUUGAGACGGAGAGUGUUCGAGCGAAUGUUGGGCAUUGGGUUUGGUCGACAGGGUUCUUGGAGGCCCACGCGUGGGUGCCGAAACAGGGGUAUCGGCCAGGGAGGAUGGUCCCGCUUGUGAUUCAUAUUGUGAAUCAUUCGGAUGCGAGACAGGUUGUGGUUGAGACGACGUUAUGCAAGUGUUUGCAUUAUGGGUCUGGGCUGUCCAAGGCGAGGGCUAUGGGUGUUGCAGGGCAAGGGUAUUUGAUGGAUCCGACGCUGGUUACUUCGGAUGUUGCGUCGGAAGAGAUGUCUUUUGCGGAGGGGGAGGAGACGACUGCUGUUGCUGUAGCUGUGGAGACAGAGAACCCGAGGGAGAGUCGGCGUAGGUCGAGGAGGAGCUCUUCGAACCGGAACGGUCGUCAACCACAACUCUCCACGACAACGGCAACACGUGAAUCGGAAGCUUCAGUGAUGCCUUCUCCACCAGCGUCGCCGUAUGGAGCCAAUUUCCCGUCAACACCCACCAGCGAGCAAGGAGGAGAGUCACCCGAGGGAUCGGUCCAUGGGAUGACUGCCUCUGCAUCUGCUGCGUCUGCAGCAGCUGCAGCAAGGAUGGCAAGUCCGAACAGCAUGGCGUCGAUUUCUAGUCAAUGGGGAUCGAUCCAUUCCAGCAGCAGUGACAGCAACAGUAACAGCAAUGGUGGCAGUGGCGGCAGUGGAGGCGGAGGUGGACACGUCGCGGCGGCGAUCCAAGCAUACAACAGCAUGACGAUCAACUCCAACGGCGGAAUCCAAUACAACCCGGACACUAGCUCGACCCUCGUCACAUCCCCAACUCCUUCCUCAACCAUCAAGGAAUCCUCAGCAACCAUCCAACCCCUGCCGAUAAUCCAACACCGGCGCGAAAAGCUGACAAAAUCAAAAACCCUCAUCUCCUGCUCCCAAGCAGUCGACCGCGAGAUCCAAAAGACAAUUCCCAUCGUCAUUCCCGCAACCGCCGGAUACUCCAUCCUCAAUGCCCCUCUCCUCGAAGUCUCCUACGAGAUUGUGAUCAAGAUCCGGGCCGAGAAGAAUAGCACGGUCUCGUCAGUUGUUCCGAGGAGGAGACAGGGUGGGGUGAGGUUGAGUGUGCCCAUCGUGGUGGUUGUGCCGGAGGAUGGGGAUUUGGAGGAUGAGGAAGAAGAGAUUUUGUUGGCGAGCGCGGGGUUGUCGCCAGAGAUGCUUGGGUUGGGUGGAGGAGGGAAUAUGAGUAGCCUGGCGUUGGGGGGCACGACGUUUAGUGGAGAUGAUAGUUUUGAUUUUGGGGAGCAGGGGGAGUGUCCGCCUUAUGAGGUUACUGCCAGUUCGACGAGUCGUCGUCGUAGUCGGCGGUAA